CAAAUACAUAAGCAAGAAAAAUAAUUGAGAUAGGAGUAUCUGAAUUAAAGUAUAUAUUUUAUCUCACAUUAUGAUCAUGUAACAUAACAGAUUCAAAUCUUUUACGAGUGCGAACAGUGUUUGUAACGAUCGCUAACUAGCAACAGCUAAGACUGGAUGCGACGCUAUCGAGGCCCUCGAUAAUACGCGCAACAGUUAGCAGUCAUCACAAGAAUUUAUAUUUUUUUGUCUUUGUAAUCAACAAAAAUAAAAUAUCACUGUGGAAACUUAAAAGUGACCAUUUGAUUGUGCAACAAAACUUACGAUGAAGAAGCUGUAUCUGUACUUUGUAUUGGAAUUAUGCGUGCUGACCAUGUCGCAAAGAACUGCCUUGGAUACGUCGAUUCUUAAUUUCAUCUACCGUGGAUAUCGUAAUUGGUUAACGCAAUCCUACGGCACAACAAAUGAGGAUCGAAUGUCUCAACUACGGAAUAAAAAUAAUUUUCAAAAGGAAAUUCCAAUACACGUCCCUUUUCCUUGCAACGUUACAGCCGGCAGGUCUCCAAAAGUUCCCGAGUCGGUUCACCAUUUAAAACCAGGAGACAUAGAUGUCAUUGCUGCAAUGGGUGAUUCCUUGACAAUCGGCGCUGGAGUUACUUCGAUUUAUACGUUCGAAGUGAACAUUGAAAAUAGAGGCAUAGUGGGUAGUAUCGGCGGUCAAGGAACUUGGCGAGAGUACCUGACUCUCCCUAAUAUUCUUAAAGAAUUCAAUCCUAAAUUAAUAGGAUAUUCACUUGGGGACGCUAUAAGUACUGAUCCAGCUGCGCAGUUAAACGUCGCCGAAGCUGGAGCUAUGUCUAAAGAUAUGACUUUCAUGGCGACAUAUCUGGUCAAUAAAAUAAAAGAUGACCCGAGGAUAGAUAUCAACAAACAUUGGAAGUUGAUUUCGUUGAUGAUUGGAAGUAAUGAUUUUUGCAUUAAUACGUGUGCAACAUCUCCAUGGUCUAUGUUAAAUGAUCACAAAAUAGAUUUAAUUCAUACUCUUAGAAUAUUAAGAGACAAUUUACCAAGAACUUUUGUUGCUCUUAUACCACCACCUCACUUAAAGGAACUGGUUGCUGCACACCAAGGAAGAGAGCCAUUCCUGUGCUAUUUGUCAUCCAUGAUUGAAUGCUCAUGUUUGUUUGCUUUACAAUUUCGAAAUCAAAGACCGGAAUAUUAUAAAAUAAUGGAGAGGUGGCAAGAAAUUGACGAAGAAGUCGCUAAUUGUCCAGAAUUUCAUAGAAAUGACUUCACCGUAGUAAUUUUACCGACUCUGGAAGAUGCAAAAAUACCUCUUGCCGAGGAUGGAUUUACCGACCUCUCAUAUCUUAACGCUGAUUGCUUUCAUUGGAGUCAAAAACUACAUGCAUUAUAUGCGAAUACUCUGUGGAACAAUUUGUUGGAACCAGUUGGUAACAAGAGUGGCGCUUUCACUUCGCUAUUUAAAAAAUUUCUGUGUCCUGCUCCGGAAAGACCGUUCUUGAUGACGUAUAAAAAUUCACAGAACAAUGAAACUUAAGGAUGGUUAGAGAAAUUUAGAACAGUUUCUCUGGACAAUCGGUAAAUUUUUCUAGCUAGUGUAACAUGACCGAAUGUCAGAUAUUACCGAGAUUUGGAUGGGUGAUCGCCUGGGAACUCCAUGUGGCGUUGGCGAAGCGCGCCGGGCUCGCCGCGCUCCCCGGUGAGGUUCGGGCUUUGGAGCUGGCAGCUCAGCGCCUCGGGGCCGCCAAGCAGUCUGAUAGGGGAACCGGGCACGGUUGCUCCGGCGAGGAGGCGCAAUGUGAUAUGGCCACAUACCGAUCCAUCAGCGAGCGCGGGGGGCGGGGGGGCUGUUGUGUCGCUCGCACCGGUUCCCGGGCCUCUCUCGAUCACAGCCGGGACGGUCAUCGUGAAGGUUUUAGUCGGUUGGAGUCCGACACUACCACGCCGCUUUCCCCAGAAGCGGCCUGGUGUCCGUGCGAAUUUCCUCCGCGUAAAUAUAUAUGUCGGAGAUAAGAGGACACCGGUGCCUUCCCUCUGAAACCUCAGGAAAAUCCAUAAAAACAUUGUAAUUAAAAUCUACAGUUGUAAUUAAACGAUUUGCCGUCAUUCUACCCAAUUGUAUUUGUUUGAAACUUGUGACAAUGAGCUUGGGCUCAAGGCGACAAUUAGUCGCCGAACGUAGCCGCGGUCAACGGGACGAACUCUCCGUCUAACAAAGGCAUUGAGUAACCCUAUAGCUCUCCUUAAAAGAAAGAUUUGUAGCGGCACGUGGCAGUAAACAUUCCAACGGU